CAAACAAGAGCCACAUUUAAGUGUUCCCCAAUCACGACGAGUAUGACAGAGCGAGUAAGUGAUUUCCGAGGUCAGAGCUUCCACAAACUCCGGCGGGCGUGCCUCCGACGUGGCACCCUCUUCAAGGAUCCCGAGUUCCCCGCCACCGCCCAAGCGCUCUUCUACAAGAGGGCGCCGCCGCCAGGGGUGACCUGGAAGAGGCCGCGGGAGAUCUGCAAGGACCCGCGUCUCUUUAUUGAUGGCAUCAGCACACGUGAUCUACACCAAGGCAGUCUGGGAAACUGCUGGAUGGUGGCCGCCAUUUCCUGUCUGGCGUCCGAGCCUACGUUGUGGAAAAAGGUCAUCCCCGACCAUACCGACCAGGAAUGGAACCCCAAGCGUCCAGAUUUGUACACGGGGAUCUUCCAUUUUCGCUUCUGGCGCUUUGGCCGCUGGAUGGACGUGGUUGUGGACGACCGGCUGCCCGUGAGCAGCGGCGGCGUUCUGCUUUUCUGCCGCUCGGCCACGCCCAGAGAAUUUUGGAGUGCCCUGCUGGAGAAGGCCUACGCCAAGCUAAAUGGCUGCUACGAGGCCUUGGAAGGGGGCAACACCGCCGAGGCUCUGAUCGACUUUACCGGUGGUAUUUCGGAGCCUCUCAGUCUGAACCGCGAGACCCUCAGCCUGCACGGCGACCAGCGGAAGGCUCUCUUCCAGAUGCUGGCCAAGGCCAACGAACACAAAGCCCUCAUCACAUGUUCUAUUCGGCCAUCCGAAGGCGAAACGGCGGAGUCAGUGCUGGACUGCGGACUGGUGCGGGGACAUGCCUACGGAGUGACUGCCGUGAGGAAGGUGUGGCAGGGAAGCGGAAUGUCUCGACUGUUCUUGGUGCGCAUGCGGAACCCGUGGGGCACCACCGACUGGACGGGUGCUUGGAGUCAGCGAUCACAGCAGUGGCAGCAGAUGAGCCGUGCAGAGAGGGAGAAGAUGGGACUUGUAGUUCGGGACGUUGGCGAGUUCUGGAUGGACUUUGAGGACUUUUGUGGCUACUUCACGGAUGUGGUGGUGUGCCGCCUGGUGGAGAGGGCUCUCCUGUGGCCCAGCUCCCACUGGAGAGAAGUGCGCUGCUACGGGGAGUGGGCUCCGGCGCCAGCCCACCCCGGCGCACCUCCGCCGGCCGACAGAGACCAUGAGGACGACGUGAACGGAGACUCGGAAGUCCAGAUGGACAAGAGGAGCCGAUGCGGAGGAUGUAUCAACCACAAGGACACGUUCUUGCACAAUCCACAAUUCAUGUUUGAGGUCCGAGGCCAUGAGGAGGAGGUGCUCGUGUGUCUGCAGCAGGAGGACCAGAGGAUACGGAGGAAGGAUGGCGGGGGGGACAACCUGCCCAUCGGUUUCGAGGUACUUAAGGUGGAGGAGAACCGCUGCAGCCGUGUGCAGCGUGUAGCGGAGCAGGCGGCCAGCUCCAUCUACAUGGAUUCUCGCAGCAUCACGCUGAAGGCAACUCUGGGGCCGGGCUGCUACGUGGUGCUGCCCACCACCUACUUGCCGGGGGCCCGCGGCCGCUUCCUCGUGCGCCUCUUCUCGCAUUCGCAUGUCCAACUCAGGGAACUGAAGGACGACUUGCCAUCUCCCUCCUUGUUCCAGUGCUUUUUACCUCAUCCCACCGUGGUGACCACAGUCCAUCUACGCAAUGCGACAGGACUCUGCCGUCCUGAACAGACGGCUCCAGAUGUUUACGCCAUCAUCCGUUGCGAGGGUGCCACCGUUAGGUCCCAGCUGUUUAAAGCUGAAGGAAAUCCACAAUUCCAGCUGAGAGCCAUCUUUUACAGGAGAUAUCCGGAUGCACACAUAUCAGUCGAGCUAUGGAGCAGCGGCCUGCUGUGGGACGCCAUUUUGGGCCACGCCCGACUCCACACGACGCCCACCGACCAGAGUCGAGACCAUUCGAUGGAGCUACGGGGCGGGCCUACGGGUUCGGGAGGUCGCGUCUGUGUGGAGACGUCGUCGAGUGUCCACCUGACGGACCUGUAG